AUGGUAGUAUUUGCGAGUAAAACCUGGCGGAAUCUCACCGACAAGGUUAUUGGUGUGAAGGCGAUAUCAUCGGACCCUCUUGAGAAGCAGAGGGCCGCAUUAUUGGACCAUGCGGCAAAGGCUCAAGCUUUCCACCAGCAGUUGGUGAAGCUUCUAAGUCUGACAGAUCAGAUGGCGGCCUCGCAGUUGGAUAUUGCCAAGCAAUCCAGGGAUGUUAUUACGCCUGUUGAUACCACACCUAGUUCUACGCAGGAGAGUGGAUAUUCUCCGGCGAUAUCCCUUUUCGCGGACCAGCUGAUGAGAUGUCAGCAGUCUGCACAGGCGUCAAGACCGCAGCUACAGGUUGCUGUGGGGGAGGCACAUAAGUUGGUACAGCGGAAUGCCGACUUACAGCAGAAGCUGAAGGACCGCGAUAGGGCGUAUGCUGACCUCGACCAUUAUAAUCACAAGAUAGAGGACCUCAAGACGGAUGCUUCCAAGCGGUCUAAGAAGGAUCUUAAUGCUGAGGAGAGGCUCUCACGAUUGGACAACAAAGUUAGAGCGGAAAUGUCCGAGCUACUCGAAGGGAAGGAGGCUGACUUCGCCAAGAUCGUCGCUGAGGGCAUCACCACAUUCACAGACCAAGUGCCGACGAUGGUCAGGCAGCAGGUCGAGCGGGAUGAAGACCCCUUCCCAUUUCACAACCAGAAUUCCAAUGGCUCAAUCAUGAACCAGUCCAUGUCGGGAAUAGCGACUUACGAUAUGUCUAUGAAUGAACAGAAGAGAGAUGCCCCUUCGGCCCCCUUCAUGCUGGUGUAA